AGCCCGGACACCGAGGCGGGUUGGAGGGAGUAACCGGCUGUGUAUCUGGCUCUGUCCCAGAACUGGGACUGCAGCCUCUACCCGUCUGAGCCUCUGAGGCGAAUAGCCCGUGGCCGCUUUCCGUUUGUGGCUGGUGCUAAGGACUCUGACCCUGCCUCCGAUACCCAACUCAAACAUGACUCUCGGGCCUUGUACAUCCUCAGACACAGAAGGGCCACGUUUGGCCGGUGCGCGGCCAUGGGUCCCCUCCUGAGUUCAGACAAUCUGGCUACGCCCGGAACCCCGGAACGUAGUCUCAUGGUCAGAGUUUCUGGUCGGCGGAGGCGCCCAGCGGUCCGACCAACGGAAGCGGGCUCGGAGGGUCGGGGACUGAGCGGACUAGAGAUGGCGCCGCCGGCAGGUGGGGCGGCCGCAGCCGGGGACCCUGGCUCGGCCACGGUCCUCCUGGCUGUGCACGCUGCAGUGAGGCCCCUGGGGGCUGGGCCGGAUGCAGAGGCGCCGCUGCGGAGGCUGCAGCUGAGCGCAGACCCCGAGCGGCCCGGGCGUUUCCGGCUGCAACUUCAGGGCGCGGGACCUGGGGCGGUCAAUUUGGAGUGGCCCUUGGAGUCAGUCUCCUAUACCAUCUGCGGCCCCAGCCAACAUGAGCUGCAGCCUCCGCCAGGAGGGCCUGGAACCCUCAGCUUACACUUCCUCAACCCUGAGGAAGCUCAGCGGUGGGCAGCCCUGGUGCAAGGCGCCUCCGCGGAGGGACAAAAUGGCAGUGGCAGCCUACCCCCAGCCCUGGGCCCAGAAAUAUGCCCUGUUUCCCCGCCCUGUCCCCCUGUGGUCCCAACACUCAAAGCACCCCAAUCUCAGGCAAAUCUGACCUGGAGCGCUGGAGACUUGUUGGAGAAAGAAGAGCUAGCUAGGCACCUGGCCCAGGCCAUUGCAGGUGGAGAUGAGAAGUGGGCAGCUCAAGUGGCAGCAAUCCUAGCCAAGCAUCAUGUGGCCCUCAGUGUCCAGCUCCCGGCAGCCUGCUUCCCACCUGGUCCUAUCAGGUUGGAGGUCACAGUUGAAGAUGCCACGUCUGGUGCGUCCUCUGCAUCCUCUGCCCACAUCUCGCUGAAGGUCCAACCCCACUGUACCAUUGCAGCUCUCCAGGAACAAGUGUUCUCAGAGUUUGGCUUCCCACCUGCUGUGCAGCGCUGGAUCAUUGGGCGAUGCCUGUGUGUCCCUGAACGCAGUCUUGCUUCCUAUGGGGUCCAGCAGGAUGGGGACCCUGCCUUUCUCUACCUGCUUUCAGCCCCCCGAGAAGCCCCAGGACGCAGCCCUCAAUGUCCCCAGAAGAUGGAUGGGGAACUAGGACACUUAUUUCCCCAGACAUUGGGGCUGUCCCAAGCCCCCCAGCCAGCCAGUUCCAGUCUUCCCAGCCCCCUUCAGCCUGGCUGGCCCUGUCCUUCCUGCACCUUCAUCAAUGCCCCAAGCCGCCCAGGCUGUGAGAUGUGUAGCACCCAGAGACCCUGCGCUUGGAAUCCCCUUCCUACAGUCUCCUCCUAGGAACUAUCAAAGGUUACAGACAACAUGGGCCUUGCCUCACAGAUCCUGGAUCACCUCUUGAACUUGGUGACUUCCACUGGCUGCUCAUUGGGGAUAGAGCUACCAGGGUUGGGGGUAAGGGCCAUGGGCCAGUCAUUAAAAACAUAAGCCAGU